AUAAUCACGAGGGUCAAGAUAAAUCAAUGACGGUGUGUGUGGGGGGGGAGUGGGUCUUUUUAAUUGGAUCACCGUCGAGAUCCGCGUUACAAAACCCAGGGCGCAGUUCAAUUCCCGGAGUCUCGUCGAUUCCACCUCCCGUGAAGCUUCGCGAUUCGCCGCGAAUCGAUUCACCUCCACACUUCGGGCAAGAUGAGUGAUUGCCACCGCUGCGUGACCAUGUCUCCUCGCUACCGCCAACAUCACCAUCCAACAACAACAACAGCGGCAGCGGCGGCGGCAACAACAACGAAUAGACGCGAUGUUUAAACAAGUUUCGACCGCCAUGGCCACCCCGCCGAGCGCAGAGGCGUUGGACGCGGAGGGGAGCGACGCGGCUUUGCGGCGAGGGGACGCGCUGGCCCGGCAGGGCCGUCUCGACGACGCCCUGGACGCGUACGCCGCGGCGCGCCGCCUGGGUGUUGCGCUGAGCGGCGAGCGUCUGUUCGCCCUGGCAAGGCUCAUGGCCGCGCGCCUUCGUGUCAACAUCAAUAACAACAACACCAACAACCACAGCGGGGAGGCAAGCCGGAGAAGGAAUCUUGCGCCAUCGGGGAAGCGAGGAGAGGCGGACACAGCAGGGGCGGCGGGGUCGGCGUUCGCAGGGUCAGGGUCUGCGGGCUUUGCAGGGUCUCCGGGGCCUGCGUCAGUGGGAUCUGGGUCGGGAUCUGCGUCUCUUGUGAGACCUGGUGGGUUGGGGGGAGCUGCGCGGUCUGGGUUAGGGUCAGAAAUGUCUGCAGGAUCGGCUUCUGUGUCGGGCCUUUUCGACUGCUGCUUGUGUCGCCUCUGGCUGUCGGAGCCCGUGACCCUGAGCUGCGGCCACAGCUGCUGCAGGAGCUGCGCCGAGCUGCGGGUGCCCGGCGCCGCGUUUGACGAAGCCGCCUCAUCCCAAGUCGCCUCAUCCCAAGCCGCCUCAUCCCAAGCCGCCUCAUCCCAAGCCGCCUCAUCCCAAGCCGCCUCAUCCCAAGCCGCCUCAUCCCAAGCCGCCUCAUCCCAAGGCGCUGCCCGAGAACUCGCAGUGGAGGCGUGCGGGACAUGCGGGGCCGUGUCCGCCCGUGCGCCUGGGACGCCGGUCCGUGUCAACGUGCUGCUGGGCGGUCUGCUCGCCAAGUGGUUUCCACGGAGGGCCGAGGCGGCGCAGCUCCGCGUGGAGGCGGCGCGGCUCUUCGCCGUCGGCGCAGAGCUGCGAACGACGCUGGGGAUGUGUGAGCGGGCACUCGCACUCGAUCCAGGUGACGUGGGAGCGCUGGUCAUAGGGUCGAAGGUUCGCUUGGAGAUGGGAGACCCAACUGGCGCUCUCCGUGACGCAGAGCAGGCUUGCCGAGCACAACCACACAAUGCACAGGCCGUGGUGGCGAGGGGCUGGAGUCUACUGGCACUGGGUCGGCAGGAGGAGGCAGUGGGGGCGCUUCUAAGAGGCCUCGCGCUCGAUGCUACCCAGGAGUCGGCCGCUCGUGCCAUCGGCGAGAUCCUCUCUGAAUGGCUAAGCCCGGUUCCGGAGCAAGUUGGCGUGGCAAGCAGGAGCCUCAAGUGUGGGACCUUCCUUGAGUCACUAGGCAACCAGCCAGCCAAUCAUUGUACAGAGGGUCAGGUAGAAGUUCAUAAGAAGCGGAAGCACUCGGUCUCUGACUCGGACUGCGAUGGAGAGGGUCAGCCACCACAUCCAGACUCAGCUGAAUGUUAUUAUAUCAGAGAGGUACCCAGGCAUCGUAUCGACCCAUCGGACCUGGAAUGCUCUCUUUGUAUGAGGCUACUGUGGGAGCCCGUGACGACACCGUGCGGCCACACGUUCUGCACCGCCUGCCUUGAGCGUAGCCUCGACCACCGGCAUCAGUGCCCACUCUGCAAGGAGGGGCUCGUGGAGUUCUUGGCGCGUGCCGUGUUCACCCGCAACGCAUGUCUGGAAGGGGUGAUGGUUCACUUCCUGGCUGAGGAGAGGCGAGAGAGAGAGCGACAGAAUGCGGAGGAGCGGAAGGAGAUGGCCGGUGAGGUGCCGAUAUUUGUGUGCACCGUGGCAUUCCCCUGGGUGCCGUGCCCCCUGCACGUGUUUGAGGCGCGCUACCGCCUCAUGCUGCGCCGCUGCAUCCGUGAUGGAACUCGCUCAUUCGGCAUGUGCGCCUGGGACCAGCAGCACGGGUUCGCGGAUGUGGGCUGCAUGCUAGAGGUGCGGGGUGUGCACCUGUACCCAGACGGCCGCUCCCUCGUGAGCGCCGUGGGCGGACGUCGUUUCCAGGUCACGGAGAGGUCAGCCCGGGAUGGCUACAGCACGGCACGUGUGGCUCUGCUGCAUGACACGCCGGUGCGGGGUGAUGCAGUGCGGGAGCUGUGCCGCCUCCAUGAAGUGGUUCGCACCUGUGCCGAGCGCUGGUUCUCAAAGUUGGAGCCCCGAUACCACGGAUGCAUCAGCCAGCACUUCGGGGACAUGCCGCAGACAGAGCCAGACAUCCAGACUAGGCCAGACGGGCCAGCUUGGCUAUGGUGGCUCAUUGCGGUGCUGCCGCUGGAGCCGCGUGUGCAGCUGGGGCUGCUAGGCCUCACGUCCCUGCCGGCGCGCCUCGCGGCCGUCGCACAGCUCUUGGCGCAUACGGUGCGCACGCACGCACCGCAACCACCGCAAUCGCUACAGCCAUCUCUACCACAACCACAGCCACGCCAGCAGCAGCAACAACCAAGCCAUCAGCAACAACUGGAGCAGCAACCAAGCCAGCAACAACCAGAGCAGCUGCAGCAACAAGCGUUGCAGCAACAGCCAAACCAGCAACAAAUGCAGCAUCAGCCAAGUGUACAGCCGCUACAAAUGCUCGAGCCACUGAGCCAGCUUCAAUUUAGCCCGCGACGGCACCAGCAGGAGCACCAUGAUCGGCAACAACCGUGUCCAUCACAGCAGCAGCCGCCGUGCCAGCAGCAGCAAGGCCAACACCGGUCAGAGCCGCAGGGACAGCAGUACCCACAGAAGCAACAACCACACACAGAACCGCAUCACCAGCAGCAGGCGCAGGCAGAUGUUAUGGGAACACCAAGGCUCCAAGGGGAACCCAGAAUUGCUAUGGAGGAGCAACCAACAGCAUCACUAUGGGUGGCAGCGACACAGCAAACACACGUACAGCCGUGGGGCCGGCCCGGUAAACAGCCGCAGGGGAUACAGCCAAAUUCUCCGGCACGGUCUGAUAGUCACCCACAGCAACAGGCAAAGCCCCGUGUGUGCAUGCCACCCGAACUGUCAAGGCAACUGACAAAGCGGCUGCACACACAGCAGCACGCCCUGGACGCCGCGAUGUGCACAACUGCACACACAACCAAACUCUCCUCAAAAACAGCCACACGGUCAAAUACACUCACAACCUCACGCAUGGCCGCACACCUGACCAUGCAAAUGACCGCACAGGCAACCCCACACAUGACCUCGCAGUCUACUGUACACGCAAUAAGCGAUGCAGAUCCGCAUGCUACUGCAACUGCCUGUGCAUUCGCGCGCUCAACUAGUAAUGCAGCUGCACGCGCGACUGCUUAUGCAACAGCGCACACAACAGCGCACGCGAAAACCUAUGCAGCCGCUUACACAAAAGUACAAACAGCAGAAGCAAUGGCACACACAGCAGAGAGUGCACAGUCAACAUCGCACUCAGAUGCAAACUCAGUUGGACACACAGUGAUGCGCGCAGAGGGGCAGGCGAUCGCGUGCCCAGCAACACACGUAGUUGGACACAAAAGCAGACAUGUGGCAAGUCUGACAGAUGUGUCCACACGCCACACAACCAAACACACAGUGACACACAGACCUACACCAACAGCCGAGAACACACAAACCAUGAGACACAAAGCCACACAUACGAUGGCACACGUGGAUACAACCGCCAUCAACAACCACCAAGUGGAUACAACAACAACCGCCAUUCGCCACUAAGUGGCGGUGAUGUCACCACGACGCUUGUGCCAGGCCAUGUGCACCUUGAAGCCACAUGGAUACACACAAUUGGACACGCAACUUCUCAUCCAUCAUCCAUUAUCCCACCCAACGCUCCACAUGUACGACAUCGCAUACAGAUGCCCACACAAUUGGGCACACAGCCACAUACACAACAAAGAUAAAGAUCCCCCAUAUAGCCUUAAAAGACUGUUGGGGCAAGUGCUGUUAGCGAGCACCUAUGAAGGCCGGUAAUGGUACAUGAGGGGGUGGGUGGCCAGCACCACGCCCGACCGCCUUUGUCUCCCUAGUGGCAAUGUUUACACACCACACCAGGUACUCAUUUGAGGCUGAGUCGACCUAGGGGAGGCCCGGGACCGGUUCAGAUAAUCGUCACUGGUGUUGGCCGUGAGCGGGAAUCGAACUCGUGUCGCUGGGUUUAUAGCGCAGUGCGCUAACCGCUACACUAUCGCUCCCCACACAUACACAACACACACAACGGCACACACAAUUGGACUCCCAGCCACACACCCAACAGCUGGUACAUGCGGAAAAAACGACUGCGCAUGCAACAUUCAAAUGCACAACAGCCACCACCCACACUCAUGGAGCAGAAAGAGGUGGUUGUACAGGCAAACAUGAAAAAAGUGGUAAUCGCAAACCCUCGGGGUCCUGUGGGGUUACAUGCUCCCGCAGAGCUGCAGGACGUGGGGCUGCAGGAGGAUGUGGGGCUGCAGGACACAGGGCUAGGAGACCGGGAUGUGCAGGAUCAGUCCGGAGGUGACGUGGAGCCUCCCCUUGGGCAACGCUCAAUUUUAUCUUUUAUUAGACCUCAUUCAGAGUUCCGCGAGAUGUAUGCCAUUGAUCAUGAAUGACCUCUGAACUCCCUGAGAGAAUGGUUUAUUACACUUUUACACUAAGUAGUUGUGGCCUUGCAGGUAAUUUUUAAAGUCGGUAUGUUAAAAUUGCAUACAAUAGCCUAAUCUGUUUGUGAGUGCUGUCACAGGAUCUUUAAAGUCCGAUUAACAGCAGGUGGCAUGUUUCGGUCGAUACCACCCAAUGGAAAUUACUGACCGGGCAGCUGUAGGGGUAGUCGUACAGUGAUGCCGCAUUGACUGACACACUGCUAUGGACAAACCAGUCGCCCGAUGUGUGUUUGCAGACUUGCAGCACAUCCAGCUGCUUCAUUACAUCAUUGUUGCUGCAUUUGCUGCUGAGGUAAGAUAAGGCAGUUUGCUGCACAAUUACUGAUGUAGUUAUUGUCGUUAUACCUUUGGUAUUAUUUUUACUUUGAGUAUGCAUUGGCGUUAUUAUCGCCCUAUUGUGCACAGCUCUAAGGGGCCUCCUGUAAAAAAAAAGUAUUAUUUAUUGUUGAAAUUAAUUGAUGCAUUUCUGUUAUUUUUGCAGCAAGUAACCAUAAUUUCUAACCUGCCUGCCUUUUCCACUCUACAUCCAAGACACUCGUCCAGAGCCUUGGGUUUAGAUGCUGGUUUAAGGUACAGGUCAUGUCCCUUAAGCCAGUGUAGUGCACAAAUAUCAGUUUAAACAGUUGUGUUGUCUUAAUAUUACAUUUAAAAUCAAAUGGACAGUGACAAUGAGAGGAAGCAUUCCCUGAGUAAAAUCCGAUAUGAUCGAUAAAUGACAUAAGCCAGAGUUUAACCAGUCGAGUUUUUCAGUUCAUGUCAUACCUCCCCUACUCCCAAACCACCUGAGAUGGUCAAGUGGCUCGCAGAGCUCAUUUGGCCAUAUCACCCUUGGGCUGGGCAUAGCUGAAGUAGCUUGAUGGUUAUUUUGGAUUACUGGGCUCUAAGAUACCUGAUUGCAAUCCCAGACACCCUGCUGAUAUAAAACAGGGUUCGCGUGUGUACGAGUUUUCAUGGUGUCAGUCCAGUUACUAAUGACUGCGCAAAAUAAAAUACAUUGUAUUAGGAAUUUCA